CGCGUGUCGGACGCUGUCUUCAACCACGUCCACGAUGUCUGCACCGACGCCUGCAGCGCCAAUGAAGGCGUUAUUGUCCAACUGGGCCUCACGUGCGGCGUCGACGGUGCCCCCAGCCUCUCAAAACUACGAGCCACUCGUCAAAAACGUCCUCCGACAGCGACUGCUGUCGCGCACAUUCCUGUACUCCGCGCUCUUCUGCUGGACACUCGUCAUACUCACGGCAACGGCAGGGCGGGGAGGGGUUGCGAGGCUGGGAUUAGUUGGGGCUUUGAUCAGCCCAUUCUUUCCGCGAACGUUAGGCUUGGCCUUCAUUAUCUGGAUAUCGGGGGUUGUGCCGGUGUUGGUCCUGAGGAAGGUAUACUUGACAGCCAGUCCUGCAUCUGCAUCUUCCCCGUCGGGGGUAUUCCGUGACGCGUUGAACAAGAGCAGCACCUUUCGCUCUCUGGCUGUCUACCUUACCUCUGCGUCACUCUUGACUGCAAUACAUGUCGUCACGGCACUGGUGUUUGAUGUAAGAGCUGGUAGGGACCCUCGGCUGAGCUUGUUUGUCAAGUCUAGAAAGCACCCAUAUUACCUCAACGGCCGCCUCCUAUACCUAAUCUCCUCGCAAAUAUCUCUGGCAGCAUUCUACGUACUGCGAAACGUUAUGAUGGACCGACUGGCCGUUCGAUGGACGGGGUCGAUGUCUGCCCGGGCGAUGAAUGAAAUACCAUCGUUCAUGCUGGCACGUAUCCUUACAGUGACCGCAAGUGCGUUGCUGCUCACCGCUAUGGGCACCGUGGCUCACAUCGUCCUGUUUGGUUGCGCGAGAGCAAUCGUAAUCCCUUUCGUAUUCAAGCUGCCAGUCCUAUCUCACCUUCUCCGGCCCUUCUUGGCACAUUUCCUCCGCGGCCCUUUCGCGCUGACACUUCUGACGAGACACACCGGAUUAAUUUUUCGCGCGUUUAUGCUGGGGUUCCUGACUAUUUCCACAUGGGACUUUGCGGAGAACUUAUUCGAUACCUUCGUCGCAGAACCCAUCAACGUCGCACAAGCUACGGCCGACCCUGCCGUCACCCUAGUGUCUGGCACAACAUCACAAGACCUAUACUACAAGCAUUUCGCGUUUGCUGAACUUGCGCAGUUCGCGAGAGACGAAACACAUGCGGGCUCUACCCGGCGUGUGGCGCUGUUCACCGAUCAGAAGUACAACCCCAACUUGUGGUCGGCGUUUGCUAGGGAAGCACUCCUGACCCUCGGACGCGACUACCAGCUGCUGCUCCGUCGUGGCGCGCCUCCGGCUGCUGCACCAGCACCAGCGCCUCCAGCGAAGAAACUCGAUGCGCCACCCCAAAUACCCAAGACGCCGUUCAUCAAGGAGCCCGUCCUCAAGCAGAAGAGUGCAUCACCUCUUCAUUCUGCCCUGGAGACAAUCGCAUCUGAUGGGAGUGUUACGGCUGCGUUGGCUUCAACUGCCGAAGCGGGUGCCUCGCAAAUCCCGGAGCUCUUCCGGUCGGUGCUGCCGUCCCAAACGAAAGCUGUUGCGGAGACUGCCGGCGCUGCUGUGGAGACCGUAAAGAAAGGGGAGCAGGAGAUCAUGCAGCUGGCAGCACUGCCGGGCAAGUGGAAGGGUCGCCUCCAGCAGGAGCUCGUCGCGCAGUCGCCGUCCGCGGUGCGCCGCGCGGCCGCACGGCUCGAGCGCUGGUGGCACCGUGAGCGGGUGCACAAAGUUGUCGAGGCCGCGCUGCCGAACCGGAAGCUGGACGGUCUUGCGGCGGACGCUCUCUGCUCGCUCGUAUGCGCGUCGCUGACGGAGGACCGGUACGGCGUCGUACAGCGCGACAUCCCGCGCAUCCUCGAGGCGCUGCUGUCCUUCCUCGGUGCGGUCGAGGACUAUCAGAGCGAAAUUAUUACCAAGUAUCCCGUGCCAUCUCCUGAGGAGAUGGGCCAGCUGAACGCGAAGGAGGCGGCGGAGAUGCAGGAGCUUGCGCUCGACCUUGCGCGAGCCGGAGACGCGCUGAGCGAGAUGACAGAUCCACUGAAGGACAGUAUCGUGCGCAUUGUACGGACGUUUGGCGACAAGUUGUCAGCGUUCAAGUUUCCUCCACGGACUGCCCGCAAACUGCAAGGUUUUGUAGAUUACCACUAAAUCGUGUGUCGUAAUCGUCAUUGUUUAGGCAAGCUCUCUUGCUAUUGCUAUCGCCGCUAUGGUUUUGCAUGCUAUUAACAAGAUUUCUCCCGUUAAGGUCACGGUCGUUGGAUUCUGGCUCGCUCAGGGCUUCUUGGUAACAGGUCCCGCGUCGACAGGAGCUUUACAUAGAUAACAGCUGUCUAUUGAAAACUACUUCCUGAUCUCACCAUCCGUUGAUUUCAAUAGCUCCGA